AUGAGUCUAUCUACGAAUAUGCUGCCAUUGGCUAUAUUGACCUGUUUGCCGGUUAAUGUAAAUACGAUUCAGGACGUGAAAGAGAGUGUGGAGCAGGUGGUUGCGAAACAAGCACCAUACGAAGCGCCCAAGCCGGCACCGAAGCAGACGUACCAGAAACCAGCACCGAAGCAGACCUAUCAGAAGCCAGCACCAGCCCUAGCCCCACUAGCUCCUAAGCCUUCAGCCUACCCGAAGGCGGCACCGAAGGCACAGCCAACCUACGCCAAGCCAGUGCCCAAGCCAAAGCAGGCUGCCUACCAGCCAGCCCCUGCACAGCAAUACUAG